AUGUUGCAGCAGCAAAACAGUGCCCUGGGAUUAAAUCGAUUAUUCUCUCGGGAACGUCAGCAACAGUUGUAUCUGCCGUCGGGCACAUGGAUGUUUGUAAAGUAUCUGAAUGGAUUACAGUUUUUGGGUUUCUUCUGUGCCUUUUUCGGGCUGAUUAACUGUUUUCUGGGCAUUUUGGAUGUGGUCAUUGUUCCAGCGUUCUACUCGCCCCCAUCUAAUCAGUUUCCAAUCCGACUGACACUGGCCAAUGCCUACGGAUUUCCCAUUUACAGUGGUAUUCUGAUUAUCGUAGCUGGUGCGCUGGCUCUUCGAACGGUCAUCAGUCAGCGCUUUUCUUCGCCUGUUCUCGUAGUAGACAAGUCUAUGCAACGUGAAGCAGCACUGGCCCAAUGGCUACGGCAUACAGUCGACUCGUCACAGACAGAUGAAUAUGGAGACAGUGCUUCAAGUUGA